AUGUCAGUGUCGAUGCAAGAAUGCAACACGCUCGCCAAAAAUGACUGGAGCCGCUCGCCCGCCACCAGCCUGGUGGGCUCUGGCCGCGCCUGCGCCCGCUGCCGCGCGCCGCUGGGCCGCCUCGUGAACCGCGGCGCGCCCUGCAGGGCCUGCCGGCUGCUCGUCUGCCGCGCCUGCAGGCACUACCUCGAGCGCUCCCCGGACUGGGUCUGCUCCGUCUGCCACAAGCACAUGGAGAUCCAGGCGGCGACGGGGGAGUGGAUGAACGAGUACGUGCGGCGGCCCAGCAGGAGGAGGGAUAACCGCGUCUACGUGCCGCCCGCAGACGUCGUCAAGCGCAGCAUCCGCCGCUCCUGGACCAUCUCCAACCCGUCAUCGAGGUGGUCAGCAACUCGAGGCUCUCCGGAACUGAGAGCGUACAACAGUCUUCCGCGCCACCAAGAAUGCUGCUACACUUCGCUAAACCACGUACCGAGGGACAAGUCGCCGUCGUAUCCGAGGGAUGAGAGCGGCCCCUGCGGAUCUCCGCGUUCCCGCGACAGCCAGCAGUCCCAUUCCCAAACGUACAGCCUCCCAGACGACGAAGAUACGACCGAACGAUCCCCGACCAGAUCGCCGCCGGCGGCGGACGUAGAGAACCGCCCUGCUGUGGCGGCGGCGGCGACGACGACGACGAGCGAAACAGCCGAGCAGAGUCCAGCGGCCGGCACGUUCAGAGACAGGAUGUCCAACUCGCCCGCGCUCAGCGCCCGGGUCCGCAGGCAGCAGUACUUCAGCUCCAGGAGCGACGACGACGCCGAGUUCCAGAGCAGGUACCUGCAGAACCACGUGCUGAAGCAGCACCGCGCCGACGUCGGCCGCCAGAAGUCGGACGACUACGUCGCGGGCAGUGCCCCGGAGGACAAGUCGUCCUCGCCGGGCAGCAGCCCCAGCGUCCAGGAGAGCAGGCUGGCCGCCGUGCGCGACCUCAGGGACGUCACGUCGUCCUCCACGAGCCACAGCAGUCGCGAGGUGUCGCCGCUCACCAGGAGGCACCAGAGCUUCGACGUCGUGGACAGGCCGCAGUCGAGGACCGUGUCGCUGCUGCAGCACCACCACUCCUCCGUGGACCGCGGCGGCGAGGCGGCCGCCCCCGCGUCGCCCCACCGGCGCUACUUCCUCGUCGGGCAGGACGCGCCCCACUCGAGGCACUCGCUGCUCGGCCGCGACUCGGUGCUGCCGCCGCCGCCCCACCGCCGCCCCCUGCUCAGCAGGGACUACGUGUCGUCGACGCUCGAGUACAGCGGCAACAGCGACAGCGGCGGCGAGAUCGUGGCGACGCCGCCCCCGCACGGCCGCCGCUACGGCGGCGCCAGGGACGACACCUCGUCGCUGUCCUCGCACAAGGCGGACGGCUCGCCGGUGCACGCCAGCUCGGGCGACGAUUUCGACGUCGAGCCGAUAAGUGGGACGGUCUUCCGCAAAGUGACUGUGAAGAAGAGAAGGCAGGAGACUCGCAGGGUGCUCGACAACGGUCGGUUCUCGCGGCGCAGCAGCUCGCGCGUGGUGGAGAGCGUCAGGGUGACGGAGGUGAGCAGCGACUACUGCGGCGCCGGCCGCUACCACCACCGGCACCACCAGCACCACCAUCACCACCACCACCACCACGAGCCGCUGCUGCUGGCGCCGCCGGACGUGGACGACUACAAGCUGGUCUUCAUCAGCUCCGACUCGUCGUCCAGUAAGGAGGACGACGACGACGAGGAGGAGGAAGACGCGGCGGACGAGGACACGGAGAGCAGCAGCUCGGCCGGCUGCGACUGGGACUACUUCGAGCAGGGCUGCUGCGGCGAGCGCGCCGUCGAGGAGGUGACGCUGUGCGACCAGCACUGCGCCCCGCCGGAGCCGGCAGUGGCUGCGGCAGCGGGCGGCGGCGCGCGCGCCCGCCAGUCCCCGGUGCGCCGCCUGCGGCUCCGCCACGGUGCUGACGCGGCGCUCGGCGUCUCCGGCGCCGCGGCGCCCGCCGACGCCGUCGCCUCCUCCUCCGGCGCUGGCGGCGGCGUCCGGAUCCGCAUCCGCAACUCCGCCCCCGUCGCCGGCUCGGGCCCUUCGCGCGUCGUGGUCGGCCCGUGGUCGUGCUCGUGGCCCGCCGAGCUCAUCUCGCCGCUCAUCUCGGCCGCCGCCGGCAGCACCGUCGUCGCCGUGACGUCGACGGGCGCCGUCGUGCAGUGCCCGCCCGCCGUCGUGGACGUGUCUCCGCAGCGGGCGCUCGCCGCCGUGCCCGCGUGCGAGAUCUUCAUCCGGCACGAGAGGGCGCAGGAGGAGCAGCUACCUGCCACCGUCGCCGAAAUAAUCUCCGCGCCGGCGGACCGACCGCGUCGCGAUCGCGUUUCCUUAUCGGAGGGCGAUAGCGCCGAUAAGGCCCGCGCCGAUACCACCGACGACGCCGUCCGUACCGUCACACGCGAGUCAGUAGGCGGCAGUGCGCGUUUCGAACCGGUCGACAAAGAGCCGCCAAUUACGGUCGCGAGUGAACCCCUCGAACAGGACGCUAUUCAGACCGUCAGCGUGACGUGUGAGCCAGUCGGCGACAAAGACAACUCCAACAGUAAUGCUACCCAACCCGUCUCCGUCUCAGCCACCGCCGAGGCAGGUCUAGAGCCGAGUGGCGAAGACUCUGCAGUCUCUAGUGAUCGCACCGUCGGUGCAACUGCGCCGGUCGCCAACAGCGUCCGAUUCGAUCUGGGUGAGAGAGACGCCGAAGGUGACGAGCCACCGCCAGCUACAGAAGAACUGCGUCCCGAAGCUGACGACACACUGGAGCGCCAACGGCGGACGUUGCUGUCGCUCCCCAGGGAGCGCCUGCACUCUUCGUCCUCGACGUCGUCGUCCUCUUCCUCGACGUCGUCCGAAGCCUGUCAGGACUCGGAGGACGAGGGCGCUGUCACCACGCAAGUGGCCGCCGGCUGCUACACGGUCACUGCGGGUGGAGACAGCGACGAAAGCGACGCCGACAGCGACGCGUCCGAAACGACCUCCACGUCUUCCGGCGGCGAGUUUUCCAAAGUAUUCGUCGUCAACAGCGGCGACGACGACGACGACGACAGUGAUGCGGGCCUUCCCGAAGCGCCGGCGCAGCCGUCUUCCGGAGGAUCCGAUGCGGAAGACGACGACGGCGGCGCUGUUGUGCUUUUGAGGCACGCUUCGUUCGGCAGUGACGAGAAGGCUGCGGAAAGUGGAAGAGACUCGUCUCUUCGGCAAAACAACGAAGAAGCAGUUGUAUGUGGUGGGAAGAAAACGACAAGGCCGACGGAGUUGUCAGAGCUAGCGAGUCCUGCAGAGAAGGCGAUAGCAGAGGGAAGGAAAGCGAGGGAGACGGCAUUGUGCUCGUGA